GCAGCAGUUCCGAAAGUGCAAGUGUCUGUCAAAUCAGUUUUGAUUUUGUGCGUAUAUGUUUCAUCUCCGAUAUAUUUUAGUGAAAAUCGGAAAUAAAUUUAAUUGUACUUUCUCGCGUUUCGGUGUGCAAUAAUUUACGAUUGUCGUGUGAUUAGUUUGGAUCUCUCAGGUGGCAGAUUCCCCCCCCUCAUCGGUUCAGUCGAGAUAACUUCAAUUAAAGCAAAAACGACGACGCAAAAUGGGACGCAAAGUGACGGUUGCCGUUGCCACCCUGAACCAGUGGGCGCUGGACUUUGAGGGCAAUAUGUCCCGGAUAAUGGAGUCCAUCGUGGAGGCUCGGGAAAUGGGUGCCAGUUAUAGGACCGGACCGGAGCUGGAAGUGUGCGGAUACAGCUGCGAGGACCACUUCCACGAGUCGGACACGUUUCUGCACUCGUGGGAAAUCCUGCUCGAAAUCAUGAUGUCCCCCCACAGCCAGCACAUGCUGAUCGACGUCGGGAUGCCAGUCCAACAUCGGAAUGUGGCCUACAACUGUCGGGUGGUGUUCUACAACAAACGCAUUCUACUGGUCCGUCCGAAGAUGGCAAACUGCGACGACGGCAACUAUCGGGAGACGCGCUGGUUUACCGCGUGGCCAAAGGUUCGUCAAACGGAAGAGUACUACCUACCACGUAUGAUUGCUGCCGCGACCGGACAGCACACAGUUCCGAUUGGGGACGCGGUAAUCGCAACGCGAGACACCUGCAUCGGAUAUGAAAUCUGCGAAGAACUGUGGAAUCCUCGCAGUACCCACAUCGAUAUGUCCCUAUCGGGAGUGGAAAUCAUGGUCAAUAGCUCCGGGAGCUACAUGGAACUGCGUAAGGCUUACAUCACAACGGAUCUGAUUCGGAAUGCCAGCUUCAAAGCUGGCGGCAUGUAUUUGUUUAGUAACCUGCGUGGCUGCGACGGUCAGCGAAUUUACUUUAACGGUUGUUCUGCGGUGGCUUUGAAUGGGCAGAUCAUCGCCAGGGGGAAACAAUUCGCUUUGGAGGAUGUGGAAGUCACCACCGCUACGGUUGACCUCGAAGACAUCCGUUCGUACCGAUUGUCAUUACGGUCACGCUGCUCGGUAGCUGCUUCCACUCCAACCUACCCUCGGAUCAAUGUCGAUUUUGAACUGUCUCACCCGUGUGAUUUGAACAUACCACAAAGUGCCCCACUGGACUGGGUUUAUCACAGUCCGGAAGAAGAAAUCGCUCUCGGGCCAGCUUGCUGGCUGUGGGACUAUCUUCGUCGUUCCGGUCAGGGAGGAUUCUUCCUACCGCUCAGUGGCGGAGUAGAUUCCAGCAGUACUGCAAUCAUCGUUCACUCCAUGUGCCGUCUGGUGGUGAAAUCCAUUAUGCUCGGUGACGUCCAGGUCUUGCACGAUGUUCGAAAGAUUUUAGCCGACCCGGAAUUUACCCCGGACAAUCCGGCGGCGUUGUGUAAUCGUUUGCUUGUUACUUGCUAUAUGGGAAGUGAAAAUUCUAGUAAGGAAACAAGACAACGGGCGACCACUUUAUCGUCCCAAAUUGGAAGCUACCAUUUGGAGAUUAACAUUGACGGGGCGGUUAGUGCAUUGCUGACGAUUUUCCACACCGUGACUGGGAUGAAACCGCUAUUUAAAACUCAGGGUGGUUGCCCGAGGCAGAAUCUAGCGCUGCAGAACAUCCAAGCUCGCACGAGGAUGGUACUGUCCUAUCUGUUUGCCCAGUUGAUGCUGUGGGUUCGUAACAGACCCGGUGGUUUGCUGGUGCUUGGUUCCGCCAACGUUGACGAGGCACUGCGAGGGUACAUGACCAAGUAUGACUGUUCGUCGGCGGAUAUCAAUCCGAUCGGGGGAAUCUCGAAGACGGAUUUGAAGCGGUUCCUGCUGUUUGCUAAAGAGAAAUUCAACCUUCCGAUCGUCGCGGACAUCGUUACGGCACCACCAACCGCUGAACUUGAACCGUUGCGCGAUGGCACCUUAGCACAAACCGACGAGGAAGAUAUGGGUAUGACCUACAACGAACUCAGCGAGUUCGGUCGAUUGCGCAAGCAAUCUCAUUGCGGACCGUACAGUAUGUUCUGCAAACUGGUCUCGAUGUGGAAAGACACCUGCUCCAGUCCGCAGGUUGUGGCGGAUAAGGUGAAGCACUUUUUCCGCUGUUACGCAAUCAAUCGGCACAAGAUGACAAUACUGACGCCGGCCUAUCAUGCCGAAUCGUACAGCCCAGACGAUAAUCGGUUUGAUCAUAGGCCGUUUCUGUACCGUGCUAACUGGAGUUGGCAGUUUAAGUGUAUCGACGAGGAAUUGGAACGGAUUAGUUGUCCGAGUACGGGGGGAAACGAUAAGACGACUGGUAUCCGGUCUGGUUCGCCGGGAGUUGCUACUGGAAUUGGUGGUGGAGUAGGCGGCGGAGGAACGGAUAAGAGUAGUUCGCCGUUGUUCUUUUCCGACGGUGUGAUUGGAGGGAUGAGCAGUGGUGGAAGUGCGCAUCAGUUGAAUAAUCAUGCCGGGUAUGGUCAUGAUUCGAUCAAAUUAACUAAAUCGCACAGUAGCGGAGGUUAUUCGAAGAUGCAUUCAAGUGUGAUGGGAAAGAUCAAGGAUAGAACUGGGGUUCCAGUUUGAAGGGCAGUGGGGCAUACACGAAGCACAAUUGAAAGUUUGUGAUCUUUUAGAUAUAAGAUAGACUUUUUCUUUUCUACCAAUGUUAACAUUUCGUUUGGUAGCUAGAAUUGUGGCUUUAGAAACAAGUAUAUACCAAUGAUUGGUCGGCCAGUUUACCUAUAGUAGGAAGGUACACAUUUCAAACUCGCAUAAAUAGAUAAAACAAUAAAGGUUUUAAACAUUUUCAAUUACUUUUAAGCGGAUGAAAUAAUCCAAUUGUAGUGCUUUUUAAAAUGAUAGAAACAAAUAUUACCUACAAGUAGACAUUCACAACCAAUUCUACUGAUGACUAUCCGCAAUAACCUUUAACGAAAAUCGUUGCAUUAUUAACAGUAAAAAAACAGUUGAUAGUCAUCGCAAUAAACUCACCUCUAUUGCCUGAAUAAUACAGUAUAGAUUAAAAAAAAACUAUAAGGAUUUUAAUAGUAGCAACUAGAGGUACACGAACAACACAACUGUGGUUGUACCUACGAUUAGUGUUAGGAUAUUGAUUAGUCAACGAUCAACUGAUAACAGAGCAGACCUCAAUCGGAUCGAUGCACACCACGAACACAAACAACACUCACCCAUUGCAUACUCAUCAUAUCUAUUGAAAUACACAGCCACAAAUUGUUCAGCAAUUGCAUAUUCCUAGGGAGCAACUUUCAAGUAGGAAGAAUUUUCGAAGCGAAUUAAUAAUGCUGGUAAGAAAAUGUAACGGUGAUACUAAUAAAGAAAAGUCGUUCGAUUUUA